UUUUGUUUGUUUUUAUUUUUAUUUUAUUUUAUUAUUAAAGCUGAAAAAAAAAAUGAAAAAUAUUGUUGAAAUUUCAAGUGAGCCAUUACCGUCAUUAGAUGAGAUUACUAGUUUAGUACAAGAUGAUAGAGCAGGAGCCAUAACUACAUUUUCAGGCACCACUAGAAAUGUAUUUGAAGAUAAGACUGUGGUUGAAUUAGAAUAUGAAGCAUAUAUACCUAUGGCGAAAAAGAUAUUAAUGGAGUUAAUUGAAGAAGCGCGUAAUAAGUGGAAUUUAUUACAUGUAGCUAUUUAUCAUAGAACGGGAAUUGUGCCAGUUGGUAAAGUGAGUGUGGUAGUUGCUACUUCCUCAAAACAUAGAGCAGAUUCAAUGGAUUCAGCACGUUAUCUUAUUGAUGAAUUAAAGGAUAGAUGUCCAAUUUGGAAGCGAGAAGUUUACGAAGAUGGAAGUGUAUGGAAAGGUGCAUGUAAUAAAAAACAUUAAUAAAGUUUCAUUAUAUCAAAGUUAAGCUUUUGCAAAUGUUUGUUAAGUUUAAGCCCAGACAUUAUCAUUAUCA